AUGUCCAAUGGUCUCUGCGGAUGCUUUUGCGGAAGCAGGAUGCUUCUUGCUGGUUGGGCAGGAGGAGGCUGUCGAGUGUCUGUCAGAGAUCUCGAUCGAGUCCAGCUGUCUUCCCUCGCAGCUCCCGACGAGCUUCUCUUCGAGCAGGAGCGGGCGAGCGGAGGGUCUGUGAGAAUGAGGGCUCUGGUACAGGAGAUUCUCAAUGAGAUCCGUCUAGCCAACUGGAAAAGAAAACCGAGGGCGAUCGCGAUGCUCGGAGCAGACAAACAUGCUAACUUCAGCGUCUCAGCUCCGUACAGGCCCAGGAGUGAAGGGAGGGGACAGGUAUCGUCUGCCAAGAGCGGGCUAGUUCCUCUCGAGAUCGUGCGGGCCAAGGCAGUCGAGUCGAUCCUCGAGUGCCGGGACUGGGAGCUGGAGCACGAGCUCGGCGACUACUCGCAGCCGUCGCCUCAAGCCUCGUCCAUCCACAUUAGAGAAGAUCUCGACAUGGCAUAUCACACCGAGAGAAGCAAGCUGCUGUCGUCUCAUGCGCAGAAGGAUCACAACAACGGGCUCAACAUCAUCAAGAACUCAUUGGCGAUCCUCAGGGAAGACUUCGUGCAGGACAUCACACUUACAAGAUGA